UUUAGUUAAUCAUUUGCUCGUCGACUCUUAUGCCAGUUACAAACAUUCACCUUCGACUAAAUCAUUCAAUUGUGAUAAUUUACUGGCGAUCAAUAAUUAAUUUUAAUCAUAUCUAUUUAAUACUUUAGUUAAUCAUCUAUAGCAACAGGUAAUAACAACAAAUUAAUUCAGUUCUCUAGUGAGCAAAUUAAAUCAUACGAGAGGAAAACAAUCCAAAGACUUUUGGUUUUAAUUCUUGGUAAUUAGUUGAUUGUGUUAAUAAUAUUGUGCUUCCCAGUGUUUAGAUCUUUGUAACAUUUCGGGAUUUUAUCGGUUCGUGACCUGAGCUCGUCCAAAGUAUGGUAAUAACGACCAACCAAAGGAUUGGAAACGUUGAUUCGAGUGUCAAACAAUUAAAUCAAAUUCUGUCGAUCAAUUUAUGUCUCGAAAACUUUUGGAUUAAUCCAAUUAAAAGUUUUUUCCUGAUAAUAUUAAUAGUUUCCCAUUUGUAUCUAAAUACUGAACCAUUGAGAUUAUGGCGAUUGAUGAAAUUAACAUUGGAUUACCAUCAGCUCCAAGUCCCGGGUUAAUUUUGUUUAAUUGUGAAGAUCAAAGUGAUAUUAUCUUCAGUGUAACUCUUAAUCCACCAAUUAAUCAAGAAGAUGGAUUAAAAUGUGACUCUAAUAAAUGGAGAUUUCCAGCUCAUUCCUUUAUCAUUCAAGAAUCGAGUCCAUUUUUUGCUUCAUUGGUUCAACAAUUAAAAAACGAAAAGAAAUCAAAGCCAAUCGUUAAUAUCAAUUGUCAACCGGAAUUAUUUCAUUUACUUAUGAGUUAUAUUUACAAGAAGGAAGUUAAAUUAAACUGUAGUUUCAAAUGUUUGGCUUUGUUUGAAAUCGCAAUUAAAUUUGAUUUAAUUGAUCUCGCAGUUGUUUGUUUGUCAUUGUUACAAUCAAAUCUAACGAUUUAUAAUGUAAUUGAGAUUCUGGUUGCUCUUGAUCGUUUCCAAUCAGUUGAAAGGGAUCCUAUCAAUACGUUUGACUCAAGAUCCAUCAACAAACCAAAUGGACAGACAGUUAAUCAAUUACCUUCAUCAAUUAUUGCUAAUCUAAUUAAUUUGGAAAGUCAUUUAAGCAGUUGUAUUGAUCAAUGCUAUCUGAUUAUCGAUGAAAAUGGAGACAAUGUAUUAGCCUCCGAAUCAUUGGUGUCCGUUGGUGAAAAUUUACUUCGGUCUAUUUUAACUCGAGAUUCACUUGUUGUGACAAAUGAAUUGACUGUCUUCAAUUGUCUUGAUCGUUGGUCAUCUAUUCAAUGUGUUAAGAGGCAAAAGGAAGUGACCAUCGGAAAUAAGGUUGAGAUUCUAGGAAAUAAUAUCUACCUGAGCCGUUACUUGACUAUGACGCUCGAAGUAUUCAAACAUGGACCUUACCUGAGUGAUUUAUUAUCGGACAAAGAUAAAGAAAUAAUUGUCUCUAAACUAUAUGAUGGAUCAGUUCCUCUUCCUGUUCAUCUUAAGCAAUAUCGAUUAGAUAAACCAAGAAAAGAAAAAAACUUCCAGAAAUCACCAAGAUUCACUAAUUACCAUGAAAAUCAACGGAGUCACAACCAAUUGGUCAAAAAGAGCCAUCGAAAUCUCAGUUUUCUAGUUGAUCGAAAAUCAAAUUUAUCAUUCAAAAAGCUUCUUAAUGGUUUAGGAGAGGCGAUGAUUUGUGUUAUCCAAUUACUUGAUUAAAGUGAUGCAGAUGGAAAAUCGCAGAGAGUAAUUGAAAUGCAGGAACAAUUCAUUCAUGACAAUCACUAAAUCAUCAAAAGCAUAAGAAAAAUAACCAGAAUCUUUUAUAAAACAAUCGAUUUUUUUUCUAAAUUGAUUGAAACAAAAUACCAUCGAGAUGAUUUACCUUCUCAUCCUACUUACUAUCAGACGGUUUCAUCUCUCUCUUCAUCCUCAUCUUUAUCUUCAACUCUUUUCCUUUUGGCAUAAUCUUGGUGGUGGUUUUUUACAAUGUAAAUGAAUAAAAUACUUUCAACUCCCACUGAAUCUUCAGGGAAAACCUUUUGGGAAGUUCAGUAAGAUAAUCAACAAUUUAUCUUAAAUUUGGCUUCAUCAUCUCGCCUUAUCAUCUCUAACAUCAUCAAUCACACUUUCCUAAUGUACCUUUGCAUAGAUAUUCAUCAUCUCGAAGCAUCAACAUCCAAUUCUUGGCAAGAUCAUUUUUUAAAUGUCACUUUAAACAGAAACUUUCUGAUUCUUGGUUCAUACUCUCAGGGAAAACAAUCGAUAUGUUAACUAUUAUUUCUUCAAUUAUGACAUUUUACUGUUCAAUUAUCUUCUCUUCAUUAAAGACAUUACCCUUUAAUUACAAACAAUUUACAAUAUUUGUAAGGUGGAAAAGUCGAAGAGUAUUUAAAACUAAUUCCAAAUCGAUUAGAGUGCCAAUUUCCACUAGCAAACAAGGAUUAACAAUUCAGUAAAUUACACGAAGAUUCUAAUGAUAAUAACAAUCAACUUUUGGCAUUCAACUCGCUAAUUGUUUGGAUCACUAGUUCAGAUAUUAAAUUACAAUCAAAUGGUUUGACGAUAAUUUCCAAAAAUUUAGUCUUCCAAAUCUAGUUGAUAUAACUCACAAUCCACAGAAACUAAUUGUUAACAAAUA